AUAUAAAGGGAGGCUAAAAUCAGAAUCGUCAACGGAAGAUCAUUCACAGGCAAUUUGGGAGCACCUUGUUUAGGGACCAGAAGGAGGGGAGCAUCAUGUCUUUGGCCAGGUUCUCGUUGUUGAUUUUGUGUGUAGUUGUGGCUGUCAGCACCUCACCAGUGUCUGAAGUAUGUCCAGAUGAAGAUGACUUUCUGUGCAUAUCAGACGGUUACAGCUCCUGCUUCCCAAAUUCAUGGAAGUGUGACGGCGAGCCCGACUGUGACGGAAAUGUGGAUGAGCAGGGAUGUCCUCCAGUCGUCUGCGAUGCGGACGAGUUCACAUGCGACAACGGCUGCAUACCAUCGGCAUUCGUCUGUGACGGAGACUUGGAUUGCUACGACGGCAAAGACGAGGCCACUUGCCCAGUACAGUAAACUCGAUCGAUCUGAUGAAUAGAAGCUCAACAUAAGAGAAACGCGAGAGCGCCACCUAGUGCCAGGCUUCUUGCCCCCACAAUGCCUUCCUGUGUUCUUAUCAAUUAUCAUCGAUUUCUCAUUUCACGACUGAAUUUCCAUCCUGUCAGUUAUCAUCUAGAGACAAUUGUUAUGAGAAUAUUUUUUAUUUAUUUUGUUGUUUUUUUUUAUCGUCAAGGUGUUGUUUUUAAUUUUUAUAGAGGAAAUAAUUUAUUUUUGGUCUAUACUGAUUAAUAAACCUACAAAAAUUCAAAUUGAA